AUGUCGCUGAGGAAACGCCCCAGCAGCCGGCUGUCUCUGAUGAGCACCCACACGUCCGCCUCCGCCUCAUCACCGUCCACAUCGCCCACGCGGUCCAUGAGCGUACGACACUCCACCUCGUCCAGCCGCACAUCUUUCUCGUCCGCCACCUCGCCCAUCCACGUCUCGUCCAUUGGCGAGGCCGUCGCCGCCGACCAGGCGCCCAAACUCACCACCCAGGCCCUGCCCACACCCAGCUUCCCCGACCAGCAGGGUCUGGCCUCGCUCGUGUGCGCGACCAAGAUCGCCGCGCCGCUGGGCAUUGUGGCCGGCCUCGUCAUCGACGCGCGGACAUAUGCCAUCUGGAACCCCUUCUGCCCGACGCUGACCGUGACGCACCAGCCGGUGUGCACGGCCCCCCUGCCCCGCUGCAUCCGGGACACGCCCGACAUUGAUGGCAUCAAGACGCUGCACACCACGCUCCGGGACGCGACGCAGUUCACCCUCGAGAUGGUGGUGGACACCAACGCGGCGACGCGCAAGAAGGAAAGGCACAACAUGCAGGUGACGGCACUCGAGCCGAUCCAGCGCGAGGACGGCCGGCGGGGCGUGCGGGUCGCCUGGAUGGUCCGGGGCCGCAUGGCCAAGUUCUUCUCAGGCAGCGAGCGCGUGCAGGAGUUUGUGGAGGCGCGCGACGGGAGCGGCGUCGAGUACGUCUGCUGGGAGACGUACUACGGCCGCAUGAGCAGCGGCAUGAAGGGCGGGUACGGCCGGGGUCUGGAGAAGGGGUUCCGGGACGCCAUGGCGGGCUUGCGGGACGAGGCCGAGAAGAGGGCGCGCAAGAUGUCCGUGGUGCAGGAGUCGAUACAGGACGCAGGAACGACGGCGUGA